AUUUUAUAUUAAUGUCAAGAUAAUAAAACAAAUAAACAACACCUCCUCCUUAACCUACAAAAGUUGGAUAACAAUAAAGAAAUCAAUAACCACCUCCACCACCUCCAAAAUAAAAAGUAUUUAAUGCUGAGGAUUAUGCUAAACCUCCUCAUCUAACGAAAGAGGAAGUCUUAGAAGUUAAAGUAUAAUAAUGUUUAAUUUUAUAGUAAGCUUUUGAUAUUUUUGACAAUGAUGGUUCAGGAGCAAUUGAUCCAUAAGAAUUAAGAGAAGCUUUUGAAGCAUCUGGAAUAAAAACAUAUCACAAUAAAUUUAUUUAUUAAGUUUUGGGUGAAUUAGAUACUGACAAUUCAGGAGGUAUUGAUUUUGAAGAAUUUUUACAUCUUGCUACAGCUAAGGUUAGUGAUAAAGAUACACGUGAAUAAAUUCAAAAAGUAUUUAAUUUGUAUGAUUGGAACAAAGAAGGUAUAUCUAUUUAUUAUUUUUAGGAAGAAUCACUUGGGAUGAAUUAAAAAGAGUGGCUUAAGAUUUAGGAGAAGAAAUGACUGAUGAAGAAAUCUAACAUAUGUUUAAAAAAGUAUAUUAUUAUUUCUAAUUAAUUAUUUAGGCUGAUUUAGAUGACGAUGGAUUUGUUACAUUUGAUGAUUUUUAUAAUCUAAUGACAUAAAAAGAAUAUGGAAAAUAAUGAGAU